GCAAGAGGUAUGGGUAAGUUUUGGCUUUUGACUGUAUACCAAAUUUUGGCUUUCUGCCUUAUUUCUCAGUCCUUUUUAAAAGAUGAAAAAUCAUUUAUUCUAUUGUGUGGGUAUAUAACAUGGUGUAGAACUACAGUUAAUCACUGUACUACAUUUUUUGCUGUUUCCAGUAAUAGGAUUUGCAUGCAUAUAUUGUGUGAAACUGAAUCAUCUGCACUGCUGAAAUCUGUGAGCAGAAACAACCAAUUGUAGGAGAACCGUGGGCAUAACCUGAUGUUAAUUGUUACAGCAUUAGCAGCAAGGGGGGUUCUUGCUGUCCAUGCAUUCCUUUAAGACCCAAAAGUAGAUCUGAAAAAGAAAUUGGUGAUUGUGUAGUUAAUGCAACUCUGUCCUUUGUCUGCAUUGAGGGUUUAGAAGAGUAUGAUUAAGUGAGGGUUGGAUACCAGCUGCAUCAGCUGAGGUACAGCUUCAGCAUGUUCUUUGCUAGUGUGUCAUCACCCAUCUCUGGUUUUAGUGGAAGUUUGAGGUAUUCAUAGUACUACAUGCACAGAAGGUGCCAUCCCAUAGCUGUACUUUAUAGCUCUGUUAGCUACUAGGAGAAUACUCCUUUUAGUGAUAAUUUGCUUUCCUUGCAGAAAUUCUAAUUUAAGUUAAAAUAGUAGUCUUACUUUGCAUUGAAUUUUCUGUGUAGAAUAAUACAUAAUAGGUUUGGGCAUCUAAUUGUAUAACCUGAAAACAAAUUAGACUGCUUAUUGAGAAGAAAGGAAAGCCCAGCAUGUUCUCCUGUAAUCCAAGAUUGAUGUAAUUUAAGAUAAUUUUUCAUAACCAUUUACAUUUAAAAAAAGAAGGAAUACCUGAGUAUGAAGGCUGGAAAUUGUUAAGGAUUGCAUUAGUUCUGAAAUUGCUAUAUUAAAUUAGCAUUCAUGGUCCAGAGCUGUGUAUUAUUUUGUAACGGCAAGUAUUUGUUAGCUACCCUAAGAGUUUCAGAUGGCUGUGUCUGUAAUUGAGGAGUGCUGGAGCACUGCAUGAAGGUUCUAGAACUGCUCUGUAAUUCUUGCAAAUGUGAAAUAAUUUGAUUUUUAGCCAAAACCUAAAACUACAUUGAAAUUUGAUUGUCUGGGUGGAAUUGGGUUAGUUAAAUCCUAGACUAUUUUCCUCAUGGAUAAUAUUUGACUUGUGUUUUUAUAGUACUGGCUGGUCUAUGGACCUAACUUACUCUGUUAUGGCACUAUUGAGAAAUUAUUUUGGGGAAUUCCUGUGGCUUUGCAAGAAGAGUGUUGUCAUUGUCCCCAGGAGUUAGUAUUGCUGAUGUAACUAUUUGAGAGAAGUAGGUUUGAUCAAAUGUUAUAUGGAGACAAUGUGGAAAGGAUGAUAGUGACAGUAGGUGAUACAAGUUCUUUGGUUCUUUUGUAUUCUCAGUUAAGUUGAAACCUCCUUGGGGUGGAUCCGUGACUUUUUCUUGAAAUUACCAUCAUUGUGGACCACUUCUGCUUCCUUCGCUUGAGGAUUUGAAGAGUAUAAAAGAAGGAAUGAUCUGCUCAGUUCCUUCCUUGACAAUGAAGAUGCAGUAAGCAUGGAGUGUGUUUUCCACAUUUCUCACCUUUAAGAUUAUUUGUUACCCUGUUUUGUAUUUUUUCCACAUAAAAAAACCCCAAAGACAGAGUUGUACACACCCUGCAUUUGUGGCGUGGCCUGCACAGAAUAGGAAUUCUGCAUCACCUGCUGGAGCGAAGGCAUUUAACACAGUCAUGCUAAAGGAGGUAAAGCAGUGUAGCACUACAGUUGACUUUUCACAUCAUCUCACCUUGGUGGCCUUCUGCCUGGCUUGAACAACAUCUGGAGCUUCUGUUUCCAUGCACAGACUGGUGCUGGACUGACGCAGUAGAGACCACCUGAUUCUGUGGGUCAGCCCUUUGCAGCGUGACCCUAGGCACUGACAGAGUGCCAGCAUCUCCCUCACAAUGGCAACUUGGUUUGGUGCCAAGGAUCCAGCGCUGUCAGUUCUGUUGUCUGUGAAUGAACUCGGCUGACUAUGGAUCCAGGUGGUGGAAGUCUUGGAUUGCAAACACAAGAAUCCAAAAUGCCUCACACUAUGAUUAUGCAGGAUUUCGUGGCUGGAAUGGCUGGCACUGCUCAUAUUGAUGGAGACCAUAUUGUUGUAUCAGUUCCUGAAGCUGUCCUGGUGUCUGAUGUUGUUACCGAUGAUGGAAUAACUCUUGAUCAUGGCUUAGCAGCUGAAGUUGUCCAAGGACCUGACAUCAUCACUGAAACUGAUGUUGUAACAGAAGGUGUAAUUGUUCCCGAUUCUGUUUUGGAAGCUGAUGUUGCUAUUGAAGAAGCUUUAGAUACCAGUGAUCAUGUUUUGACUUCUGAUCUAAUAACAGAAACUGUUAGAGUUCCCGAUCAGGUUUUUGUGGCUGAUCUUGUAACGGGUCCUGAUGGACAUUUGGAGCAUGUGGUGCAAGACUCUGUGUCAGGAGCCAACUCACCGACAAUGGUUUCAGAAGAAGUUCUCGUAACGAACUCAGAUUCUGAAGCAGUCAUUCAAGCAGCUGGUACUGUUCCUGGCUCCACAGUGACUAUAAAAACAGAAGACGAUGAUGAUGGCAAGAGCACAUCUGAGGACUACUUAAUGAUAUCUUUGGAUGAUGUUGGAGAAAAAUUGGACCAUAUAGGAAGCACUCCCUUGAAAAUCAGCACUGAGGUGGCAAAUGAUGAUGUUGCUAAGGAUGACGGGUUUGGUUCAGAAGUCAUCAAAGUCUACAUAUUUAAAGCUGAAGCUGAAGAUGAUGUCGAAAUAGGUGGGACAGAAAUCGUCACAGAGAGCGACUUUCACAAUGGACAUUCUGUAGCUGGAGUAAUUGAACAAGGAGGUGUUGGUAGAAUGCAGCGAGAAAAAAUGGUUUACAUGGCAGUGAAGGACUCUUCUCAGGAAGAUGAAGAUAUUAGCUGUGCUGAAAUAGCAGAUGAAGUUUAUAUGGAAGUCAUUGUAGGUGAAGAAGAAGCCACGCCACUUCCAGACACGCAGCUCGAAGACUCCAGCGUGAAUAAAACCUUUGUCCCUGUUGCUUGGGCUGCUGCUUACGGAGAUGAAAGAAGGUUACCCAGAAGAUACGAAGAUGGUCAAGCGGCAGGAAAUAACUUGGAUACACGAUUAGAAAACAAAAACGCUGUUAUAAUAGGUCCUGAUGGACAGCCCUUAACAGUUUACCCUUGUCAUAUUUGUGGGAAAAAAUUUAAAUCCAGAGGAUUCUUGAAAAGGCACAUGAAGAAUCAUCCAGAUCAUAUGAUUAAGAAGAAGUACCAGUGUACAGACUGUGACUUUACGACUAACAAAAAAGUAAGUUUCCACAAUCAUCUGGAAAGCCAUAAACUUAUAAAUAAAGUUGAUAAAACGCAUGAGUUCACAGAAUAUACAAGAAGAUACAGAGAAGCAAGCCCAUUGAGUUCUAACAAACUCAUACUGAGGGACAAGGAGCCCAAGCUACACAAGUGCAAAUAUUGUGACUAUGAAACUGCAGAGCAGGGACUACUCAAUAGACACCUACUUGCAGUUCAUAGUAAGAACUUCCCUCAUGUGUGUGUGGAAUGUGGGAAAGGAUUCCGUCACCCGUCGGAGCUGAAAAAGCAUAUGAGGACCCACACUGGGGAAAAGCCAUACCAGUGUCAGCACUGUGUCUUCAGGUGUGCUGAUCAGUCCAACCUGAAAACUCACAUCAAAACCAAACACGGGACUGAUCUACCGUUUAAAUGUGAGCACUGUCCCCAGGCUUUUGCAGAUGAAAAAGAACUGCAGCAGCACACAGAACUGUUUCAAGGGCAUAAGACUCACCAGUGUCCACAUUGUGACCAUAAGAGCACCAAUUCGAGUGAUCUGAAGCGACACAUUAUUUCAGUUCACACAAAGGAUUUUCCCCACAAAUGUGAGGUAUGUGAAAAAGGCUUCCAUCGUCCAUCUGAGCUCAAAAAGCAUAGUGAAACCCAUAAAGGUAAAAAAAUACAUCAGUGUAGACACUGUGACUUUAAAACGUCAGAUCCUUUUGUACUUAGCGGGCAUAUCCUCUCAGUUCACACCAAGGACCUGCCUUUUAAAUGCAAAAGAUGUAAAAGAGGAUUUAGGCAGCAGAACGAACUUAAGAAGCACAUGAAGACCCACAGUGGAAGAAAAGUGUAUCAAUGCCAGUAUUGUGAAUAUAGCACUACGGAUGCGUCAGGCUUUAAACGACACGUAAUAUCAAUACACACAAAGGACUAUCCACAUAGGUGUGAGUAUUGCAAAAAGGGGUUCCGUAGACCAUCCGAAAAAAAUCAGCAUAUAAUGAGGCACCACAAAGAGGCCAUAAUAUGAUCUCCAGAAGGAAGCAAUUUAGAAACUGUGAUAUGCUAAUUGGGGAAAAAAAAUAUCUCAUGAACUGUUUCUCCUGGUUUCAAAGCUUGAUAUUAAAUCAUAACUUUACAUUCUUUGUAUUAAAAGUCUUAAAAGUAUUAGGGUUGACAGGGGAUCUCAUAGCCCUAUGAUUGUUGCUUAUCAGAACCUAAAGAGCACUAUAGAAUGCAGAAGGAUGGAUGAAUGUCUUAAAUUUGCAGAAAGAUGGAUGAAUGUCUUUAAAUUAAUAGUAUUACACGUCGUUAAGCUAUAGAAGACAAAAGCAAGGUGAUUGUGUUACCCAUUUUGUCAGUAACAGCGUUUGUCUCCAAUAUGAACACAGUUCAGAUACAUGGUGGGGUUAUUUACAAACUGUUUGCAAAGGCGACUGCGUCUUAACUUCUUGUGCAGUUUUGAAAGGAGAGUAUUAGCCAGUUACUUGAUCAUGAUGUUUUUAAAUCGUGCCUAGGAAUUAAAUUCCAGAACUGGUCAAAUCUGGGGGGGGGG